AUGCGUCUCUUCGCCCUCCUGACCGCUUCCACCCUUGCACUCUUCGUAAGCCCUAGUGUUGCGAACAGUCCUGUUGCAACGGUCAUUAUAACGACUGACCAGGGAGCGUUCGCGCGUCUUGCCCGGUCUUCUGAAUGUGUACCCGUCGACUCGGACAUCCAGUAUGAGCCCGUGACCCGUAUAGACAUUGCGCCAUACAGGCCUGGGAUUGCGAUCGACUGUACAUUUUUUAGGGACCCUGUUUGUCAUUCAGGCUCCUCUCAUUCUUACACUCUGCACGAGGGCAGCCAUACCUUCAAGCGUCCGUUCCUUGUUUCGAGCUUCGGGUGUGUGGCAUCGAACAGGGAGGAUGCGUUCCUGUGA